AUGGGGCCGAAAAAAAGAGGAAAUUCAAGUCGUUCUCCCGCAUCUACCCCUUCCAAAAUUCAGUUUGACGUAGUGAACGCACGCCCUGGACUGCCUGACAUCUCAUUGGACGUGCAGAACGCUACGCCGGAGGUCUACAACUCGUUCAUAAAAAAAUUCAGCUUACCGGGAAAUGACGGACAUGGUAUCCUCACUCCCAGGUUUGUCACUUCUCGAGGAAAGAAGUGUUUUCAGAGAAGAGACCUCCCAGGGAAGAAGGCUUACUUCGACAUUUAUUUGUCUGCCGGUGCCCACAGACUCGGAUGCCGUUUCCUUCGCAGUAGCCUUUACUUGUUCGCAUUUCGCCCCACAAAUGGGCCUCAUUGGUAUGCCAUGGAUGAUUGGUACGACAACGACAAUUUCCAAUGCCGAAAUUGGGAGAAUCUGGGAAUGGAAAAUAUUGAUGGCAUGUCUGUUGAGUAUCGCAACAUGGAGAAAAGAGAUAAUAUGCCACCGUGUAAACAAAUGAUGUCCUGGACUCUAGUCAUAUGUCAAAUGAUACCAGAAGCUGCUAGAAUACCUGCUAUUCGUGAGGCUCUUGUUGCGAUAUUCGAGAGCGGGGGUCAAUUGAAUAGAGAGUUAGCACUAAGCGAAAAUGAUUUUUUUAAGAUGUCGAGGAAUAUAAUAGGUCACUCAAUUGUCGAGAGGUUAAACAAUAUUCAAAUGGAUAGAGGAGUAUUAGAAUCAUUGUCGAUCAUCAAGGAGUCUAAAAUUGUGGAGUACCAGAGCACCAUUGAGAAUGAAUACCAAGUUUCAGCUUUGUAUUGCACAAUAAGAAAUGCAAACAUAUUACUGAUAACGCCACUACCCAACCCGGAGCACCAAGAUCAAGAAUUGCCUUCCAACAAAAGAUGUGGAGUUGCCAACUUCUGUGGUGUAUAUACCUAUGUUGCAUGUUCAGGCUCUCAGUCCCCGGGGAUUGGGUCCUCCUCCCCCGCCCUGAGGGGAAUGUGCAUUUCCCAGGCAGCUGAGAUGGCCGCCGUCAAGCGGCUAUUGAGGGAUAUAGGCACCGUGAAUCUGGCUGAGCUGAUUAGCACAAACUGCGUUUUCGCUAUUAAAGUUAUGGAUAGUGUAUUCUUAGGGAAAAGGAUAAAGAUAGGGAGGGCCCAGACCGAGAUGGAGAUCAUGUGCAGUUUACUUCAGACAAUUUAUCAUGCUUGGUUAUGGAGUUCUGUCCAUGCCCUCAGGCAGAAGCAGCCGGGGAGAUAUUUUCAUGAACAGGCGGCAAGGUAUGGUUGGUACAUAACGAGGAUUACUUCUGAACUUUAUGCUUUAUGUUUCGUGGGCGAGGGGACGUUUGGGGUUCUCCUGUACGAGCUUCUGUACGGAAGGACACCGUACAAGGGGUCGUGCAAUGAGAAUACUCUGGCAAACGUGGUCUUGAAGAGCCUGAGGAGCCCAAUAACUGGGGCUGGGGCUGGGGCUGGGGCUGGGGCUGCUGAGACUAAGAAGCACCCUUUUUUUGAGGGGCUGAACUGGGCCCUGAUCCGGUGUGGGGUCCCGCCUCAGGUGCCGGAGUUUUGUCGUGCCGAGGUGUCGGAAAAGGGGGAGAGGUUCGUGGAUUGUGGUGGAAACGACCACGAAAGCCAUGUAUUCUCGUGCUUUAAACUCACAGCUGUAUGA